AUGCCGGCUGGUGUGUCGGAUCCUCCAAACAUACACCCGUCCACCUUAUCCACUUUACUCGUUUCCCCUUUAAAAUUGUCUAAUAGUCCUUCUUCUACUGUAGAGCCUACUUCGAAAGUGAGUCCCACUAAUGAAUCUCCUAUGACAUAUUUGCAUUCGAAUAUCCCCACCAGUACAACAAUCACUCAAUCAGAACAGGCAGAAGCACCUACCCUUGCACCUUCAAACGUUUACGAUACUUCCACCACAGCUCAGCCCAUCGUAUCCAGCUUAUUCAUUUCAACUCCUGUUUGGUCGAAAGUUUCUUCUACUUUGGGAUAUACUUCCAGUGAAUACGAUCUUACGACAACUUUGGAUUCGGAUUUCCCCAUUAGAACAAUUUUUACCCCACCAGAACCAACAGAAACGCUCACACCUUUGUCCAAAACUCCCUCAACUGUAGAGCCUACUUCUACAGCGAGUUACAAUUUUAGCAUUCAUACCACAAGUUUGGAUCCAAACUUCUCCACCGGCUCAACAGUCACACAACAAGAACAAGAAGAGGUACCUUCUAUGCCGGGUGGUGCGUCAGAUCUUUCUAGUACAACCACAUCCACUUCAUCUACUUUGUUCAUUUCAACACUCGAUUCGCCUCAAAUUGCUUCAACUUUAAAACCGAGCUCUAGUGAAUACUCUUCUACGACAACUUUGGAUCCAAACAUCUCUUCCAGUUCAAUGAUCACUCAAGCAGAACAAGGAGAAAUACCUUCUAUGCCGGUUGGUGUGUCAGAUCUUUCUAGUACAACCGCUACCACUCCAACUGCUUUAUUCAUUUCAACACUCGAUUCACCUAAAAUUACUUCAACUUUAGAACCCAGUUCUAGUGAAUACUCUUCUAUGACAACUUUGGAUCCAAACUUUUCCACCGGCUCAACAGUCACUCAACCAGAACAAGAAGUAGCUUCUAUGCCGGUUGGUGCGUCAGAUCUUUUCAGUACAACCGCAUCCACUUCAUCUACUUUGUUAAUUUCAACAGUCGAUUCGUCUAAAGUUCAUUCAACUUUAGAGCCCAGUUCUAGUGAAUACUCUUCUACGACAACUCUGGAUCCAAACAUCUCUUCCAGCUCAAUGGUCACUCAACCAGAACAAGGAGAAAUACCUUCUAUAUCUGUUGGUGUAUCAGAUUUUUCAAGUACAACCGCAACCACUCCAACUAUUUUAUUCAUUUCAACACUCGAUUCACCUCAAAUUACUUCAACUUUAAAACCGAGUUCUAGUGAAUACACUUCUACGAUAACGUUGGAUCCAAACAUCUCUUCCAGUUCAAUGAUCACUCAAGCAGAACAAGGAGGAAUACCUUCUAUG